AUGGAUUUCGGAGUUGUCUCGAGACUUGGUUUGCUGGCCAAUGGCAUCGGUGUUGCUGCAACGAAGGCGAUCAACAUUACGCUGACCUUCCUCUAUCGGAACGGACUUUGGAUUCGAGACACUGAUGCCCGAAAGUUAUCGGAUUGGAUCUUUAGCUUUUUGGGACACUAUUCAGUGCUGGCUGAUCUAUCGGUCAGGAGGGGUAAAUCGCGGUUCCCUAUGUACCCGAAAAAUCACAUGGUGUGCCAUGAUGCCCUAGAGAUACGAAAAAAGGCUGAAACCUGUGAAUGGCAAUUGUCUCCUUUGGCUACAUCUUGCCAGCAGCAAGAGGACUUCAUUGGAAAACCAUCCAAGUUAUCCAGGUCUACAAAUAUCCGACAGGCACACAGAUCUGUAAUUUGGCGGAGCAUGAUCAAAAUAAGAUUUUGUUUGCUAGACUCUGGCAAAGACCAGCGUGGCAUGGAUGCAUACAUGGGAUGAAAAGGGU